CCCCCCCCCCCCCCUUCUCCAGAAGCAGAGCGAGCCUCUUCCAGAACUUUUCUCGUGUUUUGUGCGGCUCGGGAACGUCGCUUCGGUUGCGGGUCAAAGUUCGCGCGAGACUCAAACCAACAAAGAAAGAACGAAAGAACGAAAGAAAGAUGGUCGGGCUGGCCUUGCGGCUCGCGCUCGUCGUGGUCCUCGCCCGGGACACCUGCUGUGUCAUCGGCGACGUGACCUUCAGCCGGCACCCGAGCAACCGGACGGCGUCCCAGGGCAACGGAGUUCGCCUGGGCUGCGCCGUGGAGGGCCCGGACGAGCCCGACGUGGUCUGGGUGAAGGACGGCUCGCGGCUCCGCAGCGCCGACCAGAUGUUCAUCGCGCUCGGGGAGAAACAUUGGGAGACCUACCACAGCGUCAAGUCGGUCCAGCAGCAGGACGCGGGUCAGUACUGGUGCGAGGUGGACUUCCACGGUCGGACGUUCGCAUCCCGACCGGCCUGGAUCACGGUGGAAGGCGUUCCGCAUUUUGUCCUGGAACCGCAGGACGUGGCCACGCUUCCCGGCGAACCCUUCAACCUGACCUGCGGCGCCGUCGGACCGCCUGAGCCCGUGGAGGUUCUGUGGUGGCUGGGAGGCGUCCGGGAAGGAGGCGCCGCGCCGUCGCCCUCCGUCCUUCGGGUGGCGGGUGUCAACGGCACGCUGAAGUUCUACUGCGAGGCCCGCAACGCUCGCGGGAUCUCCGUAUCCAGAACCGGCACGGUCUACAUCAAAGAAUUGCCGGCGGCUCCCGUCGGACUGGAGGUUGCCGAGUUGGCGGGCGAUGACGUUUCGCUGUCGUGGCAACCGGGAUUCACGGGUCACUCUGAACUAUCUGCCUGCGUCGUCCAGCUGCGGCGCACGAGUCCCGGCGGCGGCACGGUCGUCGUCUUCCCCGGGUCGCCGGUGCAAGUCCCUCCUCACGCCAGCGUCCUGCCCGGUCUGAGCCGCCACUCCAACUACAGCGUCCGCGUGGCCUGCCUCAACGAGGUGGGGGCGUCGCCCUUCUCCGCCUGGACGGGUUUCGUCACGGCCGAGUCAGCGCCGUCGGCGGCCCCCGGGAACCUGACCUUGGACUCGUCCCGGGGGCGGCUGAGCCUCCGGUGGGCGGAGCUUCGGGGGGAGGAGCUUCGGGGAGAGCUGCUGGCCUACAAGGUGCAAUGGAUUCUGGGAGGGGAGCAGCAGGAGCCCCUGCUGUUCAAGGACCCCUGGGCCCGCCUGUCGGGGGGCCGUGGCUUUUUCAACGCGUCCGUCCGGGUGUCGGCCUGCACGGCCGUCGGGUGCGGGCCCUGGAGCGCCCCCGUGGCGGCGGUGCCGGCCGCGGCCGCGGGCGACCGCUCCGUGGAGCGGGACCACCUCUGGGCGGGCGUUCUGUUCGCCCUUCUGGCGCCCACCGCGUCGGCGCUGCUUUUUUCCGUCUUUGCUCGACGGCGUGGGAAGGAAAGACGCUCGGGCCCGGUUUUGCCGCCCGCCGAGACCGACGCUGCCGUCUCCUUCGGCAGAAACGCCGGCGACCCGCAUUUGUCCGCACUGGGCAGUCUGGGUAUCAGCGAGGAUCUCAACAACCAGCUGAAGGACGUCCUCAUCCCGGAGAGGCUGCUGACGCUCGGGCACGUUCUGGGCAAAGGCGAGUUUGGCUCCGUUCGCGAGGCCUCCCUGAAGACGGACGACUCCCGGGUCCAGAAGGUGGCGGUCAAGGCUCUGAAAUCCGACAUGGCCUCGUCGGGUGACGUGGAACAGUUCCUGAGGGAGGCGGCCCACAUGAAGGACUUCCACCACCCCAACGUGAUCCGGCUUAUCGGAGUGAGCCUGCGCCGACGUCACGCCCGGCGCUUGCCCGUCCCCGUGGUGGUCUUGCCCUUCAUGCGGCACGGAGACCUGCAUACGUUCCUGCUCCUGUCCAGACUGGGUGACCGGCGCGUCGACUUUUCCGCCGGUGUGCUGGUUCGCUUCAUGUUGGACGUGGCCCGCGGGAUGGAGUACCUGAGCGCUCGGAAUAUCAUCCACAGAGACUUGGCGGCCCGCAACUGCAUGCUGGACGAGAACAUGGCGGUGCGCGUGGCGGACUUUGGCCUCUCCAAGAAGAUCAACCCGGGAGAUUACUACCGGCAAGGAUCCGUCGCUAAGCUUCCCGUCAAGUGGAUCGCUUUGGAAAGUUUGGCCGACAACGUUUACACGACGCAGAGCGACGUGUGGGCGUUCGGCGUCACCAUGUGGGAGGUGAUGACCCGAGGCCAGACGCCGUACCCUGGUGUGGAGAACUCCGAAAUCUACGAGUAUCUGAUCCGAGGAGAGCGCCUCAAAAAACCGGCCGAGUGCGCCCAAGACGUCUACGACGUGAUGCACAGCUGCUGGAGUCCCGUACCCAAAUGUCGGCCAACGUUCCGGCGUCUGGCGGUCCUGCUGGAGGAGCUUCGGCUCAGCUUUUCGCCUGCACCGCCGCACGAGCAGUCGGAGUCCUUCCGCUACGUCAACCUGGCCGGGGCCGGGGAGGGCCGGGAGGGAAACGGGGCCGGCGACCUGCGGCGGGCCGCCAGCCCGUGGGUGCGGGAGACCGAGGCCGAGGCCGGGGAAGGGGAUUGGCCGAGGCCGGCAUCCGGCGCAGUCGCGGCCAUCGGCGGCGGAGACUACAGGUACGUGGAGGAGCUCGGCGGAACCCGAGGGGGCCGCGGUCCGGGUGUGGACAGACUGGACGACGACGACGACGCCGUGGUUCACGUGUGAGCGCUUGAAACACUUCGCUCGGCGCUUUGGAACACGCCGGUUAAGUUGCCGGAUUGUGCCAAACGGAACCUCUGCCAAACUCGAACGAGUAACUAAAAGUGGCGAGCGUCUGAGAGCCAAAGUGCGCGAUGACGACAACGAGUCACCAGAGGAGCGAUUUUUAUGGUGGCGAACAAGACAGCCAUUUUGGAUCGCCAAUGCUUUCGGAGACGCGGGUCUUCCUCGCUUCUCGCUACGUCCCGCUUCGUUCACGACGUGACUUUAGGGCCAAAAUGUACAAAAUUGGCCAUAGUUUUUUUUAAUGAUGCUUAAAGUAAAUACUACUUCAUAUACUUGUUACAGGAAAUUUACUUGCACCAACUUAAUUCCAAUGCAAAGUUUGCAGUUUUAGGUGUUAGCCAAGUUCAGGUGCAACUGAAGCGCAGUGCUGAGCUAGUGAUAGAUGCUAACGAGGCUAGCAUUGCGCUAAUGGAGAGAUUGCGUUUGACGCUCGGUGUCCCAACGCCACACGAAAGAAAUCAUUGCUCUUCUCCCCUGCCACGGUCCUGAGUAGGAACACGAUUCAAUAGUAGCGGAAUUUCUCGUGUAGAAUGCGCACCCCCAAAGCUUUUUUUCGUUCCUCCUCCUCCUUUUUUUGAAAUCAGGAAAAGCCUUCCACCAAUUUGCUGCUAUCCAUAUGCUCAAAAUAUUGGGAAUGGUAUGUAUUCCUAUUUUGCUAGGUUUGUUCUUGUUUAUACUUGGAUUGUUUUUCAAAAAUUGCGCAUGUCCUGAUGUAGCGCUAAUAUUGUACAUGUAUGUCGGGACCGUCCCUGAAAUUGAUCAGAGCAGAAUCCCUCAACCAACUAAAAUAACAGCAUUUUAUGAAUACUUUUAUUAGAGUCUUAAAUAAAUUAGUUGCCAUUGUUUAA